AUGGCUCUCACAAACUUUCUUGUUUGUACACAUCUCUCACUUGCCGGUUCAUGUUCCCACUACUGUUCCGACGCUGAGAUAAUAGUUAGCAAGAAACAAAAACGUGUGCAACAAGAAACCGAUGAUGUUGUGGAACCUGAAUCUGUUUGCAUACACCUAUCACUUUCUUGUCACUGCAUGGAUGAAACACGAAUGAGUAAGAAAAGAAAAUACGAGCAAGAAGCGAGCAAUCUUGAUGGUUCUUGGAAGAUCAAGAAGGUGCUGGAAAUGAGUGAUCUUGGAAAUAAUUCAAGACUUUUGGUGAAGAAAGAAUUGGCGAAGGAGUUUGUGAUUCCUUUCUUGGCCGGUGGUGCUGAGGCUGCUAAGGAAAAAGAAGGAGUUGAAGUUCAAGUAUUGGAUAUUGAUCAUAACACUCUCCAUUCUCUCAAUUUUAAAAUAUGGACUUCUGCACAAAGUUACGUCUUCACCAAGAAAUGGGUCAAAGAUUUUGUUCGCAAGAGGAACUUAAAGAAAGGAGAUCAAAUCGGUCUUCGUUGGAAUGCACAGAGCCAACAAUUUGAGUUCUCGGUUCUUCGUAGGUGUUAG